AUGGUAUCAAUUUCGCGAAUGCUCCAGGAAACUAAAAGAGAGUCGGUGUCUGUUGGUGAUGUGUCGGGUUUUUGGGGUAAGAGGAAUUUUGGUCUGGAUAGUGUUGAUGCUGUAGGUCAGUCUGGCGGCCAAGUGUGUUUGUGGGACAAAUCUGUGUUCACUCAGACUGGUGGAACUAAAAAUAGGAUUUUUUUACACAUUAAAGGAAAGUUAACCGGAAGUGGAGAAACGCUCAAUGUUCUGAAUGUGUACGACCCUCAAGGUAUCUCAGCUAAAAAGAUUUUGUGGGCUUUACUUGCUCAGGUGAUAACCGAGAAUGAUGGCCUCUGGGUAGUGGCGGGAGAUUUCAACGCGGUUCGUUGUCGUGAUGAGAAAAGGAACUAUGCCUUUAAGAAUUCGUGUGCAAAUAACUUCAAUUUGUUUAUUUAUAAUGUUGGGCUCAUUGAAUAUAAUAUGAUUGGUAGGAAGUUCACGUGUUCCACACACAACAGAAGAAAGUUGAGCAAGCUUGACCGAUUCCUGGUCUUUAAUUCGUGGUUUGGGAAACCGGGAUUUGAAGAGGUGGUAGAGGAGUGUUUAAGUGGUGAGCAAGAUGCGGGUGGUCCUUCAGAUGUGAACUUGAUUAGAAAGUUGAACCAACUCAGAUCAAAGUUAAAGAUAUGGAGGGAUGAGAUGUUGAAAAGGAGUUCGGAGGAAGUGGCUUCGGCUAUAUUGGAGGUGGAUAAUAUUGAGGCUGUGCAGGAGGAGAGGGCUCUCACGGAAGAAGAGGAAUGGAUUCUCGCGGAAAGCAAAAAGAUUUUACUAAAUGAGGAGGAGCGGAAAAAUAGGGAUUUAGAGCAACGAUCAAGGAUUUGA